AUUUGGACUUUGUAGGAGAAAUACGCAAAAGACGACAUCGAAAACACAGAAAGCGAUUCCGAGAGAGAGAGAGAGAGAGAGAGACAGAGAGCUCCUCCUCCUACUAAGGCAGCGAUUUAGGGUUUCCAAGUUCCGAACAAAUUUUCCCAGCACCAAUUUAGAUAGAUAGUUAAACGAUUACACCAAUCCAUAUACUGUCGGUGUCUAAAUAUUCGAGAAACUCACUGUGUCAUGUAUAUUUGGCCUGCUGAGCAUCAUCAUCACCCUCUUGAUAAUCAUGCAGAAAUCUUCUCUUGCCUGUCUCUAUUACAAAUUUUUUUACGAUAUGAUGACCCCUUAUUUGAAAAUCAUUGACUUUGCAAGUCCUUGAAUCCAUCAUACCUCAUGGCACAGAUUCAUUCGAAAAAUUCUUACUCUGCAACCUCGUUUGGCCUCUCAUGUUGUUUCCACCUUUCGCUAUCUGUAUUCUUUCUUCUCUCAAUGCUUCUGGCUGCUGUGGUUUCUUCACAGUUGCCUUGCAAGCUUGUUUUUCUAGAUUUAUAAGAUGCCGAAAACAAGGGAAAUUGCUGCCGGAGAUGCACCUGGAAGGCCUGUAGAAUCCGAGGAGCGGGUGGACCUUGAUGAAGACAAUGAUCCUGAGGAAACAAUAGAAGAAGAGGUUGAGUAUGAAGAAGUAGAGGAAGAGGAGGAAGUGGAAGAAGAAGAGGAAGAGGAAGAGGAAGAUCCAGAAGAGGAGGAAGAGGAUGAAAACAAGGGAGGUGAUAUAGAAUCUAAUGGGAAAAAAAGCGCAGAUGGUGAUGUAGAGAUGAAAGUUACAGACACAGAGGAGGAAGAGGAUAAAAAGAAACAUGCGGAGCUUCUUGCACUCCCUCAGCAUGGGUCAGAGGUGUAUCUUGGUGGCAUUCCUCAUGAUGCAUCUGAAGAGGAUUUAAGGGGCUUUUGUGAAUCUAUUGGGGAAGUGACUGAGGUUAGAAUAAUGAAGGGAAAAGAUUCGGGUGAGGCCAAAGGUUAUGCUUUUGUAACAUUCAGAAACAAGGAACUAGCUUCUAAGGCAAUAGAGGAACUGAAUAACUCUCAAUUAAAGGGAAAAAAGAUCAAGUGUUCUACAUCGCAAGCCAAGCAUCGGCUGUUCAUUGGAAAUGUUCCUAGAAAUUGGGGAGAGGACGAUAUGAAGAAAGCUGUAACAGAUACAGGGCCAGGAGUUAUCUCUGUUGAACUGUUGAAGGACCCACAGAACUCCAGUCGGAACCGUGGAUUUGCUUUCAUCGAGUAUUAUAAUCAUGCAUGUGCAGACUACUCUAGACAAAAGAUGUCAACCUCAAAGUUCAAGCUUGAUACUAAUGCUCCAACUGUGAGUUGGGCGGAUCCCAAGAAUGCAGAAUCCUCUGCCUCCUCUCAGGUUAAGGCAGUGUAUGUCAAGAAUCUACCAAAAGACAUUACUCAGGAUGAUCUAAAAGAGCUUUUUGACCAUCAUGGAAAGAUCACAAAGGUCGUUCUCCCACCUGCAAAAGCCGGACAGGAAAGGAGCAGAUUUGGUUUUGUGCACUUUGCAGACAGGUCCAGUGCCAUGAAGGCAUUGAAGAACACUGAAAAAUAUGAAAUUGGUGGUCAAGUUUUGGAGUGUUCUUUGGCAAAGCCUCAAGCAGAUCAGAAAUCUUCUGGUGCAUCAAAUCAUCAAAAGUCAGCCCCACUUCCAACCUACCCACCACAUAUUGGUUAUGGCAUGGUAGGGACUGGGCCAUAUGGUCCCUUAGGUGCUGGAUAUGGUGGUGGUGCAGGAUUUUCACAACCACUGAUCUAUGGGAGGGGACCCACUCCUGCUGGCAUGGCGAUGAUGCCUAUGCUUUUGCCUGAUGGAAGAAUUGGAUAUGUCCUGCAACAGCCUGGAGUACAACCUCAUGCCCCUCCACCGCAGUCCCGAGGUGGAAGAAGUGGUGGCAGCUCAAGUGGUGGAAGGCGCAGCAAUGACAGCAACCGUGGCCGUAGUCGUUACAACCCAUAUUAAUCAAGUCUUUGCCUCUUGUUGCUGGUAAAGAGGAGGGACAGCGUCUGGACAAAACAAUUAUUUGUUUGGGCCUGGGAGCUAUGUAGACAUGAGGAUGUUUAGUUCAAAUGUAGCCAGUUCUGUAAAAGAAAGAAUUGCUAGGAACUGAUCCACUUUGUAGUUUGCCUAAACUAAAUUAAACUUACUCUUUACUGUGGAAUUGAUGCUUUAAUACUGACUUAAGGAGUUAAGGUUAUGCCAACACUUCAGUUGAGAAGGGUGGAUUUAAGUUCAGUCGAGAUCAUAAACAUUAAAUGGAAAUAAUUUUUUUAUUUUAAUAAAAAUUUAGAUUGUUAUCA